AUGUCAGAUACAAACACGGAGGAGGUGAAGGAGCCAGAGCUUGCUGAUAGUGCUCCUAAGGAUCAAGGUGCUGGUGACAAUGCCGAUAGUGCUCCUAAGGAUCAAGGUGCUGGUGACAAUGCCGAGGAAGACCUAAAAGCUUCAAAUGAAAAUCAUGAAAAUCCCAUGCCUUCACCCCAGCAGGAGGAGGCAACAAUUAAGAAAAAGUAUGGAGGCAUAUUGCCAAGGAAGCCUCCACUGAUAUCCAAGGACCAUGAGCGUGCUUAUUUUGAUUCUGCUGAUUGGGCAUUGGGAAAGCAAGGAGCAAAGCCAAAAGGACCACUUGAAGCACUCCGCCCAAAGCUGCAGCCCACACCACAACAGCAAGCGCGUUCAAGGCGCUCAUCUUAUUCCCGUGCAGGCGACGGCGACGAUGGCGGCAAUGACAACACUUCUUUGGAGGACCAAGUAGACGGUGGCAGCAGUAACACGACGGAUGAGGAUCAGAGCCGCCACCACGAGUAG